AUGCCUUCGCAUCAACCCACCUCUGGCGAUCCCGCCGUCAAGCCGGAGUUCAGCUCCUCGACAGCACCUGCUCAGUCCAAGCCCGCGCCCGAAGAGCCGGUCAGGAACAAGAAAUAUGACCCCAAGAAGCCUCACAUCACCGAGACGCCGAUGACUCGCAAGAACUGGUACAAGCACGUCAACUGGCUCAAUGUCUUCCUCAUUGUCGGUAUUCCCAUGAUCGGCUGCGUUGUCGCCCUCUGGACGCCACUCUGCUGGCAGACUCUUGUCUGGUCCGUCAUCUAUUACUAUUGGACUGGCUUCGGCAUUACUGCCGGCUACCAUCGACUAUGGGCACACACUUCCUACUCUGCCACUCUCCCGCUCAAGAUCUUCUUGGCCGCCGUCGGUGGUGGGGCUGUCGAAGGCUCCAUCCGCUGGUGGGCUCGGGACCACCGCGCUCAUCACCGCUACACCGACACCGACAAGGACCCCUACAGCGUCCGCAAGGGCCUCCUCUACUCUCACUUCGGCUGGAUGCUGAUGAAGCAAAACCCGAAGCGCAUCGGCCGCACCGACAUCUCCGACCUCAACGACGACCCGGUUGUCGUUUGGCAACACAAGCACUACCUGUCCGUCGUCUUCUUCAUGGGCCUCGUCUUCCCAUCCCUCGUGGCCGGCCUCGGCUGGGGUGACUACUUCGGCGGCUUCAUCUACGCCGGUAUUCUCCGCAUCUUCUUCGUCCAGCAGGCCACCUUCUGCGUCAACUCUCUGGCUCACUGGCUCGGCGACCAGCCCUUUGACGACCGCAACAGCCCGCGUGACCAUCUGAUCACCGCUCUGGUCACCCUGGGCGAGGGCUACCACAACUUCCACCACGAGUUCCCCUCGGACUACCGUAACGCCAUCGAAUGGUUCCAGUACGAUCCCACGAAGUGGGCCAUUUGGUCGUGGAAGAAGCUGGGCCUCGCAUACGACUUGAAGCAGUUCCGCAACAACGAGAUUGAGAAGGGCCGUCUUCAGCAGCAACAGAAGAAGCUUGACCAGAAGCGUGGCAAGCUCGACUGGGGUGUGCCGCUCGACCAGCUCCCUGUCAUGGAGUGGGACGAUUACGUUGACCAAGCCAACAACGGCCGCGCUCUUGUGGCUGUUGCCGGCAUUGUCCACGACGUCACCGACUUUGUUAAUGACCAUCCCGGUGGCAAGAACAUGAUCCGAUCCGGCAUGGGCAAGGAUGCCACCGCCAUGUUCAAUGGUGGUGUCUACAACCACAGCAACGCCGCACACAACCUCCUCUCCACCAUGAGAGUUGGUGUGAUCCGUGGCGGCAUGGAGGUAGAGGUCUGGAAGCGCGCUGCGCAGGAGAACAAGGAUACCAUGAUCAUUAAGGAUGGUGAGGGCAACAAGAUCCUUCGCGCCGGCAAUCAGGUCACCAAGAUGGUUGAUCCGCCGGCCAGCGCGGGUGCAGCAUAG